AUGCCCGAAGCAAGCGCCGCAGGAGGAGUGAAUCAAACCCUUUCCGACCCGGGCAGUGCAGCCCGAGUGCAAGAGAAUUUGCUGCGCAGGCAAAGAGAGAGGAGCUUGUCGAGGCCGAGUUCCCGGGGGCUGGCGACGCCUCCGCUGCCCACUGCCGGGACAGGAGGUCCUGGGGCAUCCCAGGAGGCCCAGGCUGCGGUGCUCACGCGCCCAGGUCCCAGGCCUCUCCUGCCCAGGUUCUUUCCGAACAACUCUGCAUGGCGGCCGGUGGUGUCGCCUGCCAAGGCCUCUUCCAGUUCAGCACCUGCGACAAAUCCCGGCAAGGACUUGCUUGCAAGUAUGCAGGCGAGGCUUUCGCAUGUGGAGAGGCUGAACCAGCAUCAGGCUGCCAAGCUCGCAAAGCUCUCACAAGAAGUGGAUGCCUUGCGUGCAGAAAACUCCAUUCUCCGUCAGUCCGUGCUUGAAGCCGACCCAGAGGUGUCUGAUGCGGAUGAUGGGGAUGGCGACGAAGACCUGCACACCGUGCGCAGAGAACGAGACCAGUAUCGGGAGCAGGUCCUGGCAAUGACAAAGUUCUUGCAUGACUACGGCCUGACUUGGGUGGGCGACAAAGAGCAGGAAGAGGAAACUGCCCAGCUCAACGAAUCCCUGGCGGAGAAGCUCAGCCGACCGACCUCGGCGCAGGUGGACGUGCAG